GCGCAGCCGGAAAAGGACAAACGGUGAUAAGAUUUCUACAUCGGUCAGUGAAGCUCUGUAUGUCUCACCUCUCUGGAAAGUAAAAAGAAGUGAUAUGAUGUGUUUUAAUGGUCGGCGCAAAUCAAGAUUUUACCCAUAAGCACCAUGUUGUGUAGAAUCUGACCCUAGUGAACUCUACAGAAGCAAAUUCUCUCACACCGUGGUUCAGAACAUAGAUCAUCACCAGCAUAAAAAUGGUGGAUAACCGAUACGCCACGGCGCUGGUGAUCGGCUCCGUGCUCAGCCUGCUGGCCAGCGUGUACCUCUCGGUGGCGGUCGGCACUCAGCACUGGUACCAGUACAGAAGCCCACCGCCCAGCAACGAUGCCAAAAACGCGUCGGACCUGCAGCAGCUCAAGACGGCGUUUCGGAGCGAAGACGUGGACGAGAAGACGUACAGCGAGGCUCUGUUCAGGCUGAACGGCACGCUGGGACUGUGGUGGCGCUGCAUACUGGUUCCUCAGAACUCUCACUGGUUGAAAGAACCUGAUCUUAAAAUGGAGACGGUGUGUGAGGUGUUCUCUCUGUCUCAGCAGUUUGAACCCAAAUACAGACCUCUGACCAACGGCAGCAAGGAAGAAGAUCCUCUCCGUACCUAUCUGUGGCGGUGUCGGAUCGUGUUCCCGCUGGUGUCUCUGGGUCUGGUGUUCCUGGCUGCGCUGACCGGGGUGUGUGCCUGUCUGUGUCGCAGCAUCACCCCGACGCUGGUCAUUGGGUUACUCCACCUGCUGGCUGGUCUGUGCUCGCUGGCGACGGUGUGCUGCUUCCUCGCCGGGAUCGACCUCCUGGAGCAGGCGUUCCAUUGGCCGGAGAGAGUCGGCGAGAGUCUGGGCUGGUCGCUCUACCUGGCGCUGGUCUCCUCUCCACUGCAGAUGAUGGCUGCCGCUCUGUUCACGUGGGCCGCCAGGAGCCACCGCAAGAACUACACGCGCAUGACCGCCUACAGGGUCGCGUAAUCCGCCCGGCCGGUCAGGAGCGUCCAUUUCAUCACAAAACAUGGAUCCAUGUGUUUAUGGACCGCACUUUGUAGGCGUCCGUGUACUUUUGGUCAUACGGUGCGUUAUAAGUAAUGUAGGGAUUGUUUUAACUGUUGUUUUAAGGAAAAAUGAAGGUUUUAAAUGAG